UUUUUUUUCCACAAGAUUAUAAAUAAUUUGAGUCUGAACCAAGAGGAUGAAGAAGAAAUGAUUUGUGGUGUUUUGUUUUCUGCUCCAGGUUGAUGUUUAUCCUCUUGCCUCCUGUUCCUGGACCGAAAAUACGAGGAAUCGACCGGAAUCUACUGAAGAAAGGGAAACUGCGAGAGCUCGCAUCCAUCCUCACCGGCCCGUCUGACCUCCGGCCGGAGCUCUACAACGACCCCUGGGUGGAGUUCAUCGACCUGGACAUUGAGGAGUCCAACGACAAGCUGCUGGACGUGGACACGGGCUGCCUCAUGGACCGCUCCCUGUCGUCUCCACACUCCGGCGUCUUCAGGGACGACGACUCGGGCCGCUCCAGCUGCUGCGAGCCGGAUCUGCUGAGCGAGGCCAGCGCAUUGCCCGUCCAUCAGGAGGCCACCACCGUGGAGCAAAGCUCAGCAUUUGUAGCUGCGGAGGGCCAGGAGGCGGCGGCGUACACGCAGGUCGGCGAGGUCGGGUUGUCUGGGAGCCUUCUGCUGGAGAAAACCACCAUUAAAGAGACAAACAUGGAGGAGAAGGGUAAGAAACAAGAUGGAGUCUUGGUGAAUGCAGACCAGAGAGACGGCAGCUCUGAGAUGAAGCGGUUAGCAGAGCUUCCUGAGUGCGUGGCCCAGCUGCCCGCUGCUCCUGUCUACACCGUGGUGGAGGGCGUGGACAUCCAGAACAGCCUCCUACUGACACCAACGCCGACCCCCAACCCGACUGGCCCCAAAAUCCCAGCUAUGCCCGACGGAUACCUGACCCCCGACCUGCUGGAAAGUGUCACACCGUAAACCAGCCGGGGAUCGAAUCACCCAAAACUUGUUAAUCUAAGGGAGGUCAGUUCCUGGAGGUGACCCUGGCUCGGUUUCAGCUUGCUUAGGGGGGUGGCAGGAGCCGGAGGCGUUCAGAGAAACCUGGACCCAGUGACACUGUUUCACCUUAAACCAGCACAGCUAACAAAAAGAUGCUACAGGGAAGAUUUGGAUCUGCAGAGGGGAAAUCAAAGGGAACAAAUACCAGUGGUGGGCACAGCUGGUAAUGACCUUGUUAGCCAGCUAACGAGGUCGUUAGAAAGGUAUGAUUAAAUCUAAAGCGCUAAUCAUAAACAUUAGUUCUGCUAAUGCUAAAGUGCUAUCCUAUUUAGCAGAAGCUAAGUAAAUUUAGUUUCUUAGAGUCACUAGCAGUAAACUGCUGCACCACUUAGCUUCUUUAACAGAAGCUAAUGCUAAAGUGCUAAGAUGCUAACUUCAAUUCAGAUUUGAAGUUUUUACCCCUUUCAAAAUAAGAGCAUGAAUAUAAAUGUUUAAAUAAUUCAAGAGGUCAAGGAGUUGGACGUUUGCGUUUUAUAAACAGCCAAAUUAGCUCUUUAGACUUUAUUGGGGAAAAUUUAUUUAGUGGAAGCUAAGUGCACUAAAUGUUUUCAAAUUUAGCAAAAAUGCUAAUAUGCUAACUGAAAUAAUUAGCUAUGCUAUUUGCGGGUUAGCAGUUUAGCGUUAGUGUGCCCACCACUGACAGAUGCAACAUUUUUGCCUCAUAAAUAAAAGAUUUAGAACAAAUGAAGUGAGGUUUUAACUUUGGGAUUCGUCUGUUCUGGUGGAAUAAAGUUAGCACACCCUCUUAGAAACAUCCAUCAAUGUGUGGCUUAAUUGUUUUAAAAGGCAGGUAUGGACUCAUAAAUAAUCUAGAUUGUGAAGAAAUGGAGUCAAAAAAGGUCAAUAUUGUAACAAGUUGUGAACAUCCAGGUGCUCUGUAAUUAUAGAGGAAAAACUCGACUCGUGUGUCAUAAUUUUGUCUUUUUUUAGUAUUAAUUACCCAGAACUUGUUAAUCUGGUCGAUCUAUUCUUCACUAGUUCAGCUGUUUUUUUAACAUAAUUUGUGAAAAUGAUAAACAAAAGUGUCAUACAUUUGCUUUUUUAUGUAUUUAAUAUUUCUAUCAUGUCACAUACUUUGGUAAUAUUGAUGCUGUUUCAUAUCUGGAGCCUGCAGAAAAGGAAAAUCAGUUUUUCUGGACUACAGCAUCAGCUGGACUGUAAAUUAUUCUUUUACUUUCAUUCAAUUUUAUCUUUUCAUUUAAAACUGUGAAAUACUUUUAAAGUUUUUAAUUUUUUGUGUAUUUUUUUGCCUUUAUAUCUGAGUAAUUUGUAUCCAUAAAGGAUUUCAGAGUUGUAAACCAAAUGUUUACAUCUUUUAUUAAAACACACUUGUAUUUUCUUCUUCGCUGUCUGACAUUAACUAAACUUCCUGUUUUAGGUCAGUUAUGUUUUGAGAAUUCUUCCUGUUGUCAAACUCGAGGCUCGGGGGCCAAAUCUGGCCCGUCAGAAGUUUUAAUGUGGCCCUUUUAUGUUAAAGUGUCCUUAAAUAUUAUUUUAUCAAUCAAAUCAGCAAGUUUUUCUGUAUUCUACCAAAUUAGGUCAAGGUGAAAAUAUAUUUUAUAUUAUUUAACUUUAAGAAGUUCUCAAAACUUAAUAUUUUAACAAUUUAAUGGCUAGUUUUAUUAGCACAUUCUGUCACAACUGGCCCUUUAAAAAUAUAAGGUUAGUUUCCUUUAAUGUCAGAAAUAGAAGGUUGUAUUUCUUUAAACAAUAAAUGACGAUUCAGCUACAUUUGUUACAGCUACAUUUCUUACAGAAAUUUAGUUUUCUGUAAGAAGUUACCUUCAGCUGAAUGAUGAGCAUUUACUGGAAACCUGGAGGUUUAAUUAUAAUUUUCUUUGCAUGCUGUUUUAUUCCUGAAGUGAAUGCUUGGACAAUCAUUGGAAAACUUUCCAGACUUUCGUGGAUCCGUCUCUUUGUCAGCAUCUGGAAAGGGAAAUAGACUAUUUUCUUUCAAUAAUAUGGGUCUUAAUAAAUGUAAAAAAUCAUAUGCAAUUUUAUAAAGUUACACAUUAAACAACUUUAUAACUACUUAA